AUGAAUUCAAGUGAAGAAGGUGAUGAUGAUCAUGAUCAAGGAAAAAAACGUUCUUAUGAAUGCACAUAUUGCAAAAGAGGUUUCACAAAUGCUCAAGCUUUAGGUGGUCACAUGAAUAUUCAUAGGAAAGACAGAGCAAAAAGUAACAAAAAACCACAAAUUUCAAACAAAUUCUUCACCAAUGAUGAAACUACUUCUGUGGCUUUUCCUUUUGUUUCUACAAAUUCUUCACCUAUGAGGCAAAUGCAACAAUAUUUACCAACAACAACAAAUUAUCUUGUUGAAAAUUACCAACCUUCAAAUGUGCAUGGUUUUGGAUAUGAUCAAUAUCCAAGAUCUUCCUCAUCUAAUUGGCCUAAUUUGCAUUUCAAUCAAGAGCUUCAGGGUCCAAAUUUGAGUCUUCAAAUUGGUCCAACUCGUCAAAUAAUUAGGAGAGGAAAUCAAGAAGAAAAAGAAGUUGAUUUGGAGCUGAGGCUUGGACAUGAUCCAUGA